AUGGAGCAUAAUUUGAAGUCUUUAGUCUUAAAGUUAGGGCUUGUCUUCUCUGCCGUCAUUAAAAUCACAAAUGCGGCCGGUGCUCCUUCAUCUUCCGACUACUUUGUGCGCUAUUUACCCGGUCUUCCUGAUCAUGCAGAGCUCAAAAUGCAUGCUGGACAUAUCACAAUUGACGAAAAAACUAAUUCUAACAUAUUCUUUUGGUUAAUGCACAAUCGUCAUAUUGCCGACAAACCAAAAUUAAUUAUAUGGCUUAAUGGUGGACCCGGAUGCAUGGAUGGUGUGUUUCUUGAAUCUGGUCCCUGGAGAAUAAAUAAUAACCAGGGAUUAAGCUUGAUUGAUGGUGCAUGGAACGAGUAUGCUAAUGUGCUUUAUGUUGAUCAGCCUAUUGGGACAGGCUUCAGUUUUGCGAAUAGUAAUAGUUAUUUAAAUAACGUAACACAGGUUCCUGGACAAUUUUUACUAUUCCUUGAUAAAUUUUUUGAAAUAUUUCCUGAAUAUGCUAAAGAUGAGAUGUAUCUUGCCGGUGAAAGUUUUGCGGGUACAUUUAUACCUUAUAUAGCUUCAGCAGUCUUAAAGCGUAAUAGUGAAAGAAAAAGUUCCAUUAAUCUAAGAUACAAUCUCAAAGGAAUAGCUAUUGGUAAUGGAUGGAUCGACCCUAUCGCACAAUACAAUGCAUAUUAUACCUUUGCUAUAGAACAUAAUCUCUUAGAUGAAGAACAUAAGACUCUUGCCAAGAAUCAGCUUGAUAUUUGCAUGAAAUCUCAAAAAGAAAAGGUCAGAAUUCAUUUAGAUGUGUGUGAACAAAUUCUUCUAUUGAUUUUGAAAAGUUCGCGUAAUCGCGUUGGAAAAAAAGAAACUUGCAUAAAUCAAUAUGACAUUCGAGACCAUUCUGAUUCAUAUCCAUCAUGUGGAAUGUCAUGGCCUUAUGAACUUGAUACUGUUUCCACAUACUUGCGGCGUUCUGAUGUUAUCGGAGCUAUUCAUGCUGGUGCUCAACAAAUUGGCUGGAUAGAAUGUAAUAGUGGUGUAGGUCGUGGCUUUAAUAAUGAUCCAAGUCCACCUUCGGUUCAG